GCCUGACACGAGACACGCCCGCAUCGAUCCACACCUUUCACACUCACCACAUACACUUACGAAUAGCAAUUAGAACAUCAUGUCGUCCGACUACGAGUACUCCGAUGACGAAUAUCUCUACGACGACGACGAUGAAGACAUGCUCAGCCCACAGGAUGGCUCAGCAGCAUCUUCCGACGACGACAUGGCGAUGGACACCUUUGGCGACGACUUCAAGGUGCCACCCCGCGAGAAGCGCAAGUCCUACGAGGUCGACCACGACUCGCUCUCACACGACGCCGUCAAGAAGCUCAUGGCCGCCGAUGUCGAUCACAUUGCCGGCAUAUUUGGCGUUGACGCUAACACGGCUGAGCUGCUCCUGCACCACCUCGCUUGGAACAAGGAGCGGCUGAUCGAGAAGUACAUGGAUAACGCAAGCGCGGUGUCCGUCGCUGCCGGUAUAUCUCUCCCCUCACGGGCCUCCCCGUCCUCAUCGGCCGCCCCGAUUCGUUAUCAGGGUUCCAGCACCCGCUCGUCCGCCGCCACCCGGCGCCCUGCGCGCCAGCAGACCCCAGGUGCGAGAUCCCUCCCGCCGUCCUCUCCAUCAUCGAACGACGCCGUCCUCACACCCGCUCUAGCUAAACAGGAACGAUUCGUGUGCCCGAUCUGCUUCGACGACUCGCAAACCCGCUUCCUCUCCCUCUCGUGCGAGCACCAGUUCUGCGCCGAGUGCUGGAACGCCUACGUGACCGGUAAAAUCCGCGAGGAGGGCGAGCACGCGAUCCGGUGCAUGGCCGAGGGCUGCGCGCUCGUCGCGCCGCGCACCUUUGUCCUGCGCGACGCUCUCCCGGCGCCCUCGGAGGACAAGGGCACGCGCGAGCGCUACGAGGAGCUGCAGCUGCGCCACUUUGUCGCGUCGACGGCGAGCCUCAAGUACUGCCCGUAUCCGUCGUGCACGUAUACCGUCUCGUGCCCCGCCGCGAGCACCAAGUCGAGCUUGAUCUCGAUGGUGCCGACGGUGACGUGCGGUGCGAACGCGACGCCGGCGCAUAAGUUCUGCUUUGGGUGUGCGAUCGAGAGCGAUCAUCGGCCGGUGAUUUGUCCCGUGGCGCGGAUGUGGCUGCAGAAGUGCGAGGACGACAGCGAGACGGCGAACUGGAUCAAGAGCAACACGAAGGAGUGCAGCAAGUGCCAGAGCACGAUCGAGAAGAACGGGGGGUGCAAUCACAUGACGUGCAAAAAGUGCAAGCAUGAGUUCUGCUGGGUGUGCAUGGGCCCGUGGUCGGAACACGGCAGCGCGUGGUACUCGUGCAACAGAUACGACGAGAAGGCGGGCGUCGAUGCGCGCGACGCUCAAUCCAAGAGCCGCGCCUCGCUGGAGCGCUAUCUUCAUUACUACAACCGGUGGGCGAACCACGAGCAGUCUGCGAAGCUGUCGGUGGAGCUGUACAGCAAGACGGAGAAGAAGAUGGAGGAGAUGCAGCUCACGUCGGAGCUGACGUGGAUCGAGGUGCAGUUCAUGCGCAAGGCCGUGGACGAGGUCGAGAAGUGCCGGAUGACGCUCAAGUGGACGUAUGCGAUGGCGUAUUAUCUCGACAAGGGCAACGAGAAGGAGCUGUUCGAAGAUAACCAGCGGGACCUGGAGCGGGCGGUUGAAGAUCUGUCGGAGCUGCUCGAGUCGCCGAUCGACCCGGAGGCGAUCUCGAUGCUGCGGCAGAAGGUGACGGACCGGACGGUGUACGUGUCGAAGCGGAACGAGAUCAUGCUCGAGGACACGGCCACGGGCUUCCAGGAGGGGCGGUGGAAGUGGAACGUCCCCGUCGAGGGCUUCGACUAAGCGCACUCGUGCACGUACCUCGGGCGGCUUGGAACGCUCGAGAUUGUGUGAGCGAGCUCGAACGGUGGUUUAUUGAUUCUGGUUGACUCGAGGGUUUUGUUCCUCGCUGGGCAUGUCUCUUACGCAUGACGACACGUUUUCUUUUCCUUUUCUAUCCCUGCCACACGACACUAUACGGACCCUCUCUGAAUGUUUACAGCUUGUAAUCUCUCCAUCCUCCCCACCCCAUUCCAUUCUAUUCCAUCCAUUCCGUUCCAACUCAAGUCAAUAGUAGUGUAUCCCUCCUGUCGCUGUGUCGCUAUCCGCAUUUCUGUAAACAAUAAA